AUGGAAGGAAAAAGCCACCUUGUACAGAAUGACGAAACCGUCUUUUCUGGCUCUCGGCAAGAGAGAACACCUCAAAAUUAUCCUGAUCAAGCUGUUUCGAAUGAAUCGUGCACUGUGACUACAGAAGCUAUGGAUACAGCAGGAGUCAGUGAAAUGCAAGCCUUCAGAAGUGACACAGUUUUAACGGGGGGAAAAGCGCACAUAUUUAGUUCAAAGUCUUCAAAUUUUACACAACAGAAUGUUAAUAGACUUACUGGUCUGGCUGCGAUUGCAUACAGUUACAAAGAAGACGUUGAAACAUCUGCCGAAAGUUCUACAGAAUUGGGUAAUUUCAAAAAAUCUUCAACUGGCGUUGAAUGUUGGAAAGAAGAGUUAGAUAAUAAGACCGCUGUAGAAAAUUCCACAAACACCAUGCGUUGCACAGAUGCUUCUAUUAAGAACCUUGAAGACCACAGAGUAGUGGAAAAUAAUAAUAAUUUAAAUGCAUGUGAAAAAGUCAUCAUUUGUGCCCCUAAAAAUGAUGCAUCUUUGAAGAAACGGGAAAGUGAAUUUAGCAAUGGAAGUAUAAUAGGGGCCACAUCACAGAUUAAAAUGCUUGAAAGGGAGAGCAAUGAAAUAGCACCAGAAAACCAUGAAAUUGCACAUUCUGAACCUGGUAAUACUGGUACAACAAUGGCUGCUGAUAGUUCUGAGAGUGUUCAAGAGACUGAAGUUGUUGGGCAUCCGGUUGUGGAGUCUAACAAUAUUGAUAACAUGGUAAAAGAGCUUGUUAGUACUGAAAACGUGAUGACAGAGCUUGUCAAUACUGGUACUGCAAUGGCUGCUAAUACUUCUGAGAGUGUCCAAGAGGAUAAUGGUGUUGGACAUUCAGUCCUACAGCUUAACAAUAUUGGUAAUGUAUUAAAAGAGCCUGUUGGUAUUGGAAACAUAGUGACAGAACCUGUCAAUACUACAAGCACAUACAGAGAGCCUGUGAAAGUUGGAUUUACUAUCACAGAUUGUGGUAACAUUGCAAACAAAGUCACAGAGCCUGUCCAUAUGGGGGAUACAACAAAUGAGCAUCGUAAUGUUGUAGGCCUAGCCAACAAACCCACAAAUACUAAACAUAUUCUCCCAGAGCAUCUUAACAUUGGUGCUGAGUCCAAUACUGAACAUGUGAGAACAGUACAAGUUCAUAUUGAGGAUAUAACCAAAGAGCCACUGAAUACUGGGAUCACAAGUGGAAGCCCUGUUACUGUUGAAAAUGUGAAAUUAGAGACGGGUAAUGCAUUCUCGAACACAGCUUCAUCAAUAGGAAGUGUGGAUCAGGUCUAUGCCAUGGACACUAUUGACCAUGAACUAGACAGAAUCCAUGAUAAAGGAACUGGGGAUCAAAUAGAGUAUACUACAGAGACUGACUCUUCCUCUAGUGACAGUUCUUCAGAUUCUGAUGAUGAAAGCUCAUCAAGUGAAAGCUCCACAAGUUCUGAGUAAGUAAGAAUUAUUACAAAAACAAACCAACAAAUAAAAAACAACCAAAACAAAUGCCCGUUUUGUAGCACAGGGGUAAUGAUUAAUUUACAUCUGCUACCGGAGACAGGACUUCAAUUUUACUGUUGGCCAGAACCUCUUUAGAACCUCUAAUUUGAUAGGUUCUUGUUGGCCCAAAGCUCUAUUGUUUCAGAGUUGGGGUUCAUUGUUAGUUUUGUUUAGGUUACGGCUAUCUUUUGUUUUCUAAACCAAUCCUGUGAGCCGUUCUUAGAGCUUCUGGCCCACCCCAAUUUUACGGGGUCAUCCAAGCCACACAGGGGUCUUGCUGUUUGCAAUCAACAUACAAAUUCUCCAAACUGAUCUCAAUACAUUUCCUUAAAGAAUUAAUUGAGAGUCAAAUUUGAUAAUAGAUCAAGGCAUUUGCUCUUGGGUGAUCAUUUUAUUUAUUUGCAUUACGUAUCUCUUGACAGUGUAUGGAUGAUGUUAGGAGAAAAUUGAUCUUGGUCACCAUUGGGACUUAAAGGGUUAAAGCAGUAACUUGAUUUCUCCAUUAUUUUUAAGACCCUGGUGUAUAGUAUUGGGACGGUCCCAGGAAUCAAACCCAUGACCUUCUGUUAUGCAAUAAAGCCAGCCUACCAACUGAGCUUGUGCUGAUGUGAUUGACUUGCUAAUCCUUUCAUUUCCAGUUUGCAUCAAAAUCUAUAAAAUGAGAGCUAAAAAAUGCAUUUUGUGACACUUACCUUGUAUGUGACAAAACUGCUGUGUCCUAACCUGGGAGUAGUGGAAUGAUCCAUUGUUGGUAAAGUGUGUAAUUUUCAUUAGAUGCUAACUUUCUCAAGAGAAACUUAUCAUUUAAAGCGAAAUUUUAAGCUGGCCCCUUGCAGCUUAAUCCUGCAUAUUAGCAAACUAUUGAUCAAACUUUGAUAUUUUCCCAAGUGAUGAUCUUGAGGACAUAAGAAGAGAGAUAGAGAAAGAAGAGGAACAAGUCCUGAAAGGUCCUCCAAGAACCAAGAGUGAAGUAUUAGCAAAGGUACAGUAGGCCUGGGUUUCUGAUCUGUUAAUUCUUCUUUGUUGCAGAAAUAUGACAUUUCCUAGUAUAGACUAGAAUCAUAUUUAGUCAACCUUUAGAAGUUUAAUAGACUACCUUUUUGUACCUAUUUCUUUUUUUUCCUUCAUUUCCUCAUCUGUUGGUCCAAUUUAUAUUGUGCAAAACUAAAGUGUUUGGUUGUCUGCAUAGUAAUAACUAUUAUUGUUUUAAAGUUAUGAAUAUAAUUUAUGAAAAUCAUAUAUGUGAACUGCGGGGUGAAGAAUUAUGUAAAAGUAGAUCAUCGCAGUUGUAUAAACGCAACUUAUGCAGUUACAAAUAGAGAGCCUGAAAAAACUAUAUUCCUGUACAAGCCUGAAUUUGUUUUUUUCAGGCUUUCUUUUUGCAACUGCAUAAGUUGCGUCUAUAACUGGGAUGAUCUACUUUCAUAUAAUAUUAUUGUUUUGUUUUAACCCAACAUUGAAUGGGGGAGAUAGGGGUGUACAUAUGUACAGCAGAAGUGAAAACUGGUUUUGGACAAACAAUGCUGUUAACUGUAGCUUUAAUCAGGAGUAAAGUCAUGAUCAUCUAUAGUGAUAAUAGCAUGUAAAAAGAUCAUAGAUAGACGUUAGAAAAGUGAAGGAAGACUAGGUACAGGUAGGAUGAGUCUCUGCUUCCUAAAUGUUUUGGUUUGCCAUGCAGAGUGCAUGUUUUUUUUUCCUUAGCUUGUAUUAUAUGUUUUUUUUCCUGCGUGUUCCAGCUUUCUGUAUUUUUUAAAGAGAAUUAAAUUUUUCAUUUAACAGUAGGUUCCCAGUACCCAUUUAUACACCUCGGUGGGGGAAACAAACUGAAGCAAACUUUCUUGUGAAUGUCAAAGGAAUUAAGCAAUGCUAGCGCUGGACUUGAGUCCAGAGCUACCUACACUAAUUUUUUUUUUUUUUUCAAAAGGACCUUCCAGAAAUUCCUGAACUGGAUAUAACCAUUGAUGAUGAUGUUCAGCUUGUGGAGCUUGGUGUAAUAUUCAGUAUAGUUGAAUCAAUGGGUAAGAAUAUCAGCUAUGUAACAUUGUCAUACAAUCACAUUUCUAUACCUGCUAGCUGCUGUCCUGAAAAUUAUCUCUUAUUUGUAACUAAACUACUGGUAUAACUGUGUGCAAAUGACCAGAAAUAGCAACAUCAGUCUAUUAAAAGACCAUUUGGCAGUGAUCACCUAAUCAAGCUACUUUUUCAUCUUCAUCUCAGUGAAUUAAGUUGUUAUAAUAAUUAUUAAGAGGAGCAAUAAAUAUCAUCUACAGUAAAAUUCUUUUAAAUUAUAUUAAUACCCCAUUUGCUGUUAUAAUAAUUUAAGGGUUUCCAGUAAAAAGGGUGUAAUAAUUCACCUAAUGUAUCAAUAUUAAGCAAAUUAUGCCCUAAUUUUUGCUGGAAACCCUUCAAUUGUUAUUAUAUCUUCUCAGUUGAUGAUUAUAACUGUUCCUGAUCAUCACUAUGAACUUUCCUAUAUUUAGACAGGUCAAACUUUACUGUCACAACAAUAAUUAUCCACCUUUUCAUGAUAUGGUUCAUAAAAAUAAAGACAGUCACUAACUGCAAAAAGUGUUAAUUUUUGUUGUUGUGUUAUAGUGGUUGUAAAGGCAUUACCCCAAACACCUGCUUUGGAUUCAGACAGUAUUCUCUUCAUGGGAAACAGAUCCUGUUUAGGCCUGGUAAUGACUUCUAACUGUUUGUAGAUAGCCAUGAAUUUGUUUAUUUUGUGUACCUGUGCGUGGAAUAUAAUAUAUUCCAGUGAUUGUUGGAUUAUCAAGAUAAUAAUAAUUUUUUAUGUUGUUCCAAAACUUAAAGAAAUCAUCAAUUAUAAAAGGUUUAUAGUGUAGGGGUAGCGGUUACAGGAUAGGCCAGUUACUGAUGGGCUAUUGCUGCCUUGUAACAGGUUUCCCCAGGUAAGGGAGUCUGGAAUCUAGAAUCUGGGAAAUUUUUGCAUGUGGAAUCCAGAAUCUUGGAAAUUUUUGCUUAUGAAAUCUGGAUUCCUAGGCCUUGGAAUCCAGAAUACAGCUGUAGGAAUCUGGGAUCCCACUAAAAUUUGGAAUCUGGAAUCCAAGUUCCCCUGGAAAAGAUGUGGAGUCCAUUAAUUGGAAUCUGGAACCCACAGCAUUGAAUCCAUAAUACAAGACUGUCUUGGAUUCCCUUACAUGGGGUGAAAGAGGGCUGUCAACAAGGGCUGCUAGCCGUUCAAAACCGCUGGCUAGUUAGCCAUCCUUAGCCAGCUGCUUUCAUCUCCUACCGCAACUGCUAACAAAAAAUAAGCACCAUUGAAAAAAAUUGUAUUUAGCAUUCGUUUCCCAGUCUUGAAUGACAUUGAACGCAUAUUUAAACAGGUUUAGAUUUGUGAAAUGUUUGAACCAUGUGAUGUUAUGGAACACCAGGGACAUUUCAAUGGCAUUGUUCCCAGUCUUGCCUGUAUUCUGAUGAAACAACAUGGCACCCAUGUUGGAAAAUACCUCUUGAAAACCCCUGGAAACACCAUUUCCAAGACUCUGAAUUUCAAAGUGCCCUAGAUACCGACCAUCAGCUGCAGGGCUCUGCUCACACAGAAAAAGUCAUUGGAACCAGUAAGGAUCCAUUUCAUUUAUUUAAGAAGCUGUUAUUUGCCUUAAUUGCAGGUAUUUGAGACUUUUGGACCUGUACAGACACCAUUUUAUUCUGUCAGAUUUAACAGGGAAUCAGAUAUAUGUAGCAAAAAUGUCCACGUUGGUGACAAGGUGUUCUAUGCCCCUGAUGUCAUGGAGUAUUCGCACUAUGUGUUUGUUACACAACUGAAAAAGUAAGCAUGGAAAUCAGAUUUGUUAUUGAUAAUAGUGUAAAUUAGUAUUUCAAAAUAAUAUUCUCUAUCUCAGCACAUGGUUUUUGUUCUUUUUAUACAUACACUGAUUACAGGUAGCCAUUAUGACACCUGAAGAAGGAUCAUGAGGUUAUCCCUAUAAUUAUUAAGAUCUCUCCUUACACGUCAAUAACCCACCAAGCCCAGGAAAGGUUGGGCACACCAACGUGGUCUAUGUCUCCCACUCUUUUCGAACAGUGGUGUGGGUUCUUAGCUUUUACGUCCCACAAGAACCAGAUGAGUCAAAGUACUGUAAGAUGGGACCUACAGUUUUUGUCCUUAUCAAAGAAGACUAGAAAAACUAACCAUUUGCAGAUGUCAUUACAAAUGCAGCACUUUCUUCUCAAUUAUUUAAAGACCCUGACUCUGGUAUGGCCGCAGUUUGAACCUGCAACCUCCCGCUCAGCAGACCAGCUAACCAGGCGGCAAUAAUUGUAUUUGUUUGUCAUUUUUUGUCAUUUUUCACUAGGUUGAAAGGCUCGGAUGCUUCAUGGGAACAUGACGAAGAACCCCCUCCUGAGGUGAAUGAAAUAAAUUACAUUUUUAAUUAUAGUUGCAUAAAAAUCUUUUACAGAAAAUUUGCUUGUCUUGAAAUCAAUACUAUAUUUUGUUAAAUGUUUUAAACUUUUUUCUAAAUCUUUUAUUAUAAGUUACUUAAUUUCAGUAGGCACAGCAACUGUAUGAAAAAGCGUCAAUGUUCUGCAUGAUUCCUUUGCAAGCGUUUAAGCCUGUUAAAAUUGAGUCUGUCAUUGUUAUUAUUUUAUUUUUUAUUUUUAUCUUUGUUGCCACUAUUAGGCCGUAGAAUAUUCUGAUGACGAGGAAGAAUCAAAAGCAAGAGCAAGUAGGAGAAAAGAAAGGUACAAAUAUUAUGCUUGAGUGUUGAUAAGAUGUCUUUGAUAAAAAUUAUAAAGAGCACCAUGUUGUAGCUACCUACAUCCCCAAAUGCAGAUCAUUGAAAAAUUUGAACACUUUCCAUCGACUCCAGCCCUAAUAGGACGUAGUUCUAUAAAGGGACUGUGAGUCAUGCACUCCUUAGUAUUUUCAACUCUUGAAAGUACAAAUUCAAUGUCUUUUUCAAAAAGCUGACCUUUUUUGUGUAAACCUGCAGUGGAAACCAGUCUGAUCAUGCUAAUAUUAUCAUAAUAAAAAUUAUAAAUAGUAAUAAUAAUAAUAGGGGUUAUAGUAUUGAACACAUUAAAAUUUUGCGUGGUAUUCGACAGGGGUUUUCAACCAACACGUGGCCAACAAAUUACCGACAUGCUGCCAACAGUCAGCCGACAAUCGGCCGACAAAUGGCCAACUGUCCGCCGACUGUUGGCAGAAUAUUCUCGUAAAAGGUGGUAAACGACAGUGGGCCGACUGUUGGCAGACUGUUGGCCAACUGUUGGCCGACAGUUGGCCCACUGAUGACCAACAGUCAGCCAACAGUUUUUUGCGGGAGCUGUUCUUCACCUUUUCCGUUAUGUGCACGAUUUGGACUUUAACUCCAUUAUUUCAUUUCAUUUCUGAUGCACUGUUGAAAACAUUUCUCUGUAGGAUGGCCAAAAGUGGUUCUAAAACAGAUGAAAGUACUCAGAAAACAGGAGAAAGUGGGUCCCAUUUUCAUCAGGGAUUUAAAAGAGGUUUGUGCAUUGUGUAGAAAAUAGUGUAAUUUAAAAAAAGAAGAACUACGGACCCGUCAAACUCAAUUUCGCCUGUAACCUGUCUGCUCCUAAAAGUUCUCCAAAUUAUAAUUCAUAGAGAUGGGAAAUUAAAAGAAAUAAAUAAAUUUGUAAUUUAGUACCAUCUAUGAGUGGAAUGGACUUAGCUCUCCUGUGGUGACAAAACUAGCUGUGAAUAAGGUAAUCAUUGCAAGGAAAGCACUCCCUGACAUUUCUUAUGUAUGGAGCAUCACGAGAGGUCAUUAAUUGAACAAUGAACUUGACUUUAAUGAAAAGUAGUUUCCACAAAAAAUCCAAAUUACAAAAUCAUUCUUAAAUCAAUCUUUACAAUAGGUUUCUGUCAUUAUAAUGUUUCAGGUAACAGAAAGAGAACUUGGCAAAACCAUGCGAAAGGAAAGACUGUCACUCAGAACCAAAAUGAAGGGAUGCCUCCUAGCAACUCAGUGCCCAUACCACACCCAGCAUACAGAGGUCCUACACCCUGGAGUGGGAAGGCAUCACCUUUGCAAGCAUCAGAGAGACCCUACAUGGGCCCUCUCCCUCAUGAAGCUAUGCACUUUCAGGGUCUUUCAGAGGGACCUCCCAGGGGGGUACCUCCAGUGAUGCUUCCUCCAAUAGGGCCACCUUCUUCAGUUCCUAUGGGACACAUUCCUCUAACAGAGCCAGGCCCCAUGAUAAAUUUACCUAGACCACCAUUUGGGCCACCAAGGCCCUUUGGUGGUGGACCAGGUGUCCAGAAUCCUUGGCCAGGGAGUCCAUCUCCUGGUUUUUCUCACAGGUACCCUAUUCCUGCACCUCAACAUUUUCAGAAUCCCAGGGGAAAUAUUCAAAGUUUUCCAGGAAGAGAAUUCAUGGCUUUUGGUGUGCCACCUCCUCCUCCUCCUCCAACACCCCCACCUAUGUAA